GUCGUAGAGCUGUGUUUUUCUUGUAAUGAAUUAUUACAAUAUUCAUUGAUGAUAAAGUAUUAAUUAAAGUUUGGUGAACAUGAACUAAUUAUGAUGCGUUCUGUCAGAAAUGUUGUGUGGAUUACUGCUCUUGAAAAAAAAAAAUUAAAUUCCAUCCGUCUGCCAUUAAAGAAGGCUUACCUUGAUAGUGAGUAUAGUUAUGUUUAAGGUGGUGAACAAACCGAAAUUGUGUUAGUGAAUAGCGGCUGAUGACUGUCAUUCCUCUCUGUGCGCUGGUGUUGGCUAUCCAACACCGCCUGCUGGUUGCUGCUCUUGCUGCUACGCUUAACAGCAUACGAGACAGAUGGCUGCUAUAUGAGUGAAAAAAUCAAUCAUAUAAAUCUUCGUUAAUUACGUACUACGUUUCUCUCCUCUAUCACAGAACUUGUUUAAUCUUAAGUUCAGUGUUGGCUUUUAAAAAACUAACUAUCUCGACUAAAAUAUGUGUGAAUAAUCUAAAAAACUGCGUGCAUUAAAACAUUUAAGUUGUGGAUGUGGAGUUUUGUUACAUAGAUAGAAAUGAGUACAAUUUAAGCACUUAAUGUUUAUGGAAACGAGUUUGACUCGCAGUUGCGAUGAUCAACAAACAGGUUACACUGAAAAUACAAAUUCAUUGUAAUUGAAUCAUCGCAUACGCUGUUGAAUGCACACGGUGCUCAUCUAUACUGAAACGAGGGGGUCUGCAGGCAACCAACACGAUCAUCAUCCUGCAGAAUAAGGCCUGCAAGCUGCUGCUCUAUCAUUAGGGUAUGAAGCGCGAGCAAACUCGCUUGACCACGAGAGAGUGAGUACCUCCUAGUCAGCUAUCGAGUCAUUCAUCUAUCCAUCCGGUACUAAGGGUGGUAAAGGCAUUUGCCAGACUAUUGCUGGGUUGAACAUGGAAAAGUAUACAAGCCGAACCCCCCGUAAAGAAGAAAUUUAAAACCUCUCUCUCUCAGUUGAACGAGAACAAACGAAAUAUCAUACACGGAGUGAUGGUGUCAAGACAGAACGUCAAAAAAAUCCACCAAAGAAAACAGUUUUCCGAGAGCGACCGCUGGAUAUAGAGUACAUCCGUUCCCAAAAGCAAGCUGUUUAAACGGUGCGGAUUGUGUUUCGUCAUUCUCAUAAACGACCACAGACUGUGCUAUUCUUUUCACUCCUGUGUUGCCAUCAACUGGCCCCCAACGGGGACGUUCGCAUAACGUAAUGAUUACGUUCGGUACAAUUCGGGCUCAUUUGGACUUCAUCAAAUAUUCCGAUCAAAUUGGAAUUUGAAAAAAUCUGUCGAUUUUAAAUCAAUUGUAACUUGUUCGUGUGAAGUGAUAAAAUACGGUUGUAAAAUUGUAUUUUUAAGAAAUAAAAAAUGCAGUGUUGUGAUAAAGUUGGCACUAUCGGUGCAAAUUGCGACCGUACUACAAACAGCAAUAUGCUGAAAGUAUACACAGGACCUCUUCGGCAACCGGAUAGCCUGCUUGACAUCACGGCUCGAAUGGUUGCGCAAAAUGAGCCCUUCCAGAAAAUCGAGGAACGUUACGAUCGAAUUCCUGAACCAGUGCAGAGGAGAAUCAUUUAUUGGUCUUUUCCUCGUAAUGAAAAGGAUAUUUGUAUGUACAGUUCGCUGUCCAGGGUUUCCUCUCUGAAUUCAGUGGAGCCACAGAGCCUCAGUUUUUGCGCUGGACUCAAGCUGGUCGAGUCUGGUUGCGUAGAGGAUGUACUGCAAGUUGGGUUUCAUCUGAGCGGAAUUGUGUGGACAUACCCACCCAAUCACGCCCAACGCCAGUCUUCGUCCUCAUCAUUAGGUUCAUCCGGUAUUCGUAAUGAUCUUACCUACCAAUACCCCAACGUUGGUAACAGUCACCAGCAUAAUAACUACAUCGGACACAAUAACCACCAUCAUAAUCCGCACAACCAUCGGCCGCUUACGCCUCCACCUUUACAUCAAGCGCCGUUACCCCCCGGACCACCUAUUCCGCCAGGCGUGAUGGGAGUUGGUGGCCCCGUGGUAAUUCCCCAACCGCCUGGAAUUGCCCAGCCCGUUCCACCACAGUACAACAAUAAUCCAAAUAUUGAUCGUGAUGGAUUCAACAAUAUUUCAACCCCGUCAUCUUCAGGUGCAGGCAAUAUGGAGGAGAACAAAAAGUUCAAAGUGUCAGUCAGUUUCGAUAGGUGUAAAAUUACAUCGGUGACCUGUAGUUGUGACACAAAGGAUAUCUUCUGGUGCCACCAUGUCGUUGCAUUAGCCCUGUACAGAAUACGAAAUGCCGAAACAGUGAAACUAAGAGUUCCUAUUUCAGAAACACUACUUCAAAUGAAUCGACAACAGUUACAAAAAUUUAUACAAUAUUUGAUCUCAGAACAUCACACUGAAGUCUUACCAACAGCUCAACGACUAGCAGAUGAAAUUUUACAACAACGUUCGGAAAUCAAUUCUAUAUGUGGGGCACCUGACCCUACAGCAGGUGCGUCAAAAGAUGAUGAUCAUUCAUGGCAUUUGGAUGAAACUCAGGUUUGCGAAGCUGUGAAGACCUACCUUGGCCAAGGUAGCUACUACUAUAGCAGUAAACAUUUAAAUUCACUGUUUGGAAAGGUUCGCGAAAUGUUACGUGCACAGGAUUCAAACGGUGCUCGUAUGUUAACGUUGAUUACUGAACAAUUUCUCAAUGACCCCCGGUUGGUGUUGUGGAAAAAUCAUGGAACUCCAAUGACAGAAAAAUGUCGACAAUUGUGGGACCAGCUGGGGGCACUGUGGGUUUGUAUCGUCUUGAACCCGAAAUCCACUCAGGUGGAAAGACUGCACUGGAAAACUCUCCUAGAGAAAUGGUCUAAAAGCGAGGUAUGCCCUCAGGAAGAUCCGGAUUUAAGAACAUCUACACGAGAAAGUAUUCGCGAAAGAUCAAACCGCGAGAGAGAGCGGGACAGAAACAGGUUUUUCCGAGAGAACAACUUGAGAAAUAUGAUGUACUAUAAUCAGAACAACAUCAAUCCAAGUCGCAGAAGAAACUAUAAUGGGCUAAAUCUUAUCGGUCCUGCUCUCGAAAGGCCGAAUAAUGGUGCGAAUGACAACUAUGAUAGCUCAGAGUCCGAUUCUGAUUCCGACGAGGAUAUGGAGGAAAAUAAUGAAGUAGAGAAUAAUGUAAAUCAUGAUAACGAGAAUCAAAAUGCACUCCAUGAGCCGAACCGUGAUAACUUAGAAGAAGAUGUGGAUCAGGUGCACAAUAUUCUUCAGGAUAUAAAUUUCGGUGUGAAUGGAGAAGCAAGUAAACCGGAGGACAAUGGAUACAUAAAUAUGAAUUUAUUAAAUGAAAACAACGAUCUAAAUCCAAUUCCAAUUUUGCCUGAAAAUGAUGACAGUUCGCGAGAAUCAAUGGAUGCUGAUAACGAUAACCCUUUACCGGGCCCAAGCGGUGUUGUAACGGGUGGAAAAUCAAUAAAAACAGAUGGCUUUUUUAAUAAUAAUCCUUGCAUUUGUGGCGAGGAAAAAUGUGAAUGUAAUAGGCCAGUAUUUUUUGAUGAAAUUAAGCCAAGCAAAUUUUUCGACUGCGAAGCGUCAAACUUUUUGGUGACUGAAGAUGCCAAUCAGGGCUGUGAGCCAUUGAAAGAAAAUGAAAUGGAUACCAGCGAUGACAAGCUGGAAAAACACUGUGAUAUGUUAGAAAAACCAAGUAAUUUGACUAAUUUUGAAGAUCUCGCUGUUCCUGGCCCUUCUGGGUUAGGAAGAUUGCCGUUGACCUCUGCCUCCAUAGUCAAAUCGAUUGCUGAGCGCGCAAUCGAUGACUGUAAAUGUCAUAAAGAUAAUGAAAAUUUAAGCGAAGUCUGUUCUUCUUCGGUUAAUCACAAUAAUCAUAAUUGUGUUGGCAGCGAAGAAAAAUUGGACAAAACUGAAGAUUGUGUUCCUCCUCGGGAAGAAACCAGCGAAAAACCUAACACGUCUAAAGAUGAUGAAGUCAACAAAGUAAAUCAAAUUGAAGCUGACGUUGAAGAACCUCAACCAGGACCGUCAAAAACAGUAGAAUGUUCUAGUAAACGACCGCAGGCGAAUGAACGCAAUAAUGAUAAUAAUGCUAGACCUUGUAAACGUUUAAAACUGAAUAAUGGAAACUGGGUUGGCAAGAAUUCCAGCAAAACACCCCGAACAAUUUUCCAUAAAGCAUUAGAUGCAGUUAAUAUGACUUGGGAUAAUGAUCAUUUGAAAUUUAUCCUUGAGUCUGAUAAUUAUUCUCUAUCAAGCCGCAAUUCGGUACAAAUCGCCAGUUCUAGCAAAACCAUAUGCAAUAGUCCCAGUUCUAAGUCGAAUUUCAAUUCCCUCGGUCAGCCACUAUGGCAUGAACAGAUAUCGAUGACUGCUGCUCGAGUUGACUCGUUACGUUCCCAUGGUCAUAUAGAAGCUGCGUUGAGGUUAUCAGUGAGUGUGGUUCGUACAAUGAGGGAAAUUCAACGCGACGCACAAGCUCUGUGGCAUCGUCACAAACCAAAGACUGCGGACAAUAAACCAGUGGAGGUUGUAUGUAGUUGCCAGAACAGCAAACAACCUGAAUCGAAUGCGACUCCUCAAUCUUCCUCAAGAAAAAAUGAUGCUGUGUCACAAAUGCCUCCUCCACCGCCUCCAGCAGUAGGUCCGUCACAGCCAGCGACUGGUAGCAAAAUAAAUUGUCAAUGCCCGACACACAUGCAUCAGAUUCAGUCUCUGCCGUCUCCACAACAACAACAACAGUUCCAACAUCAUCAAAUGAAAAAAGACUGCUCAAAAUGCUUGCAAAUCAAGUGCUAUUAUGAAUCAGUGGGUUCUUCUUCUAAAUAUAACUAUUACAACAACAUGAUCCGGAACAGCCGCAGCGGAAUGGUCUGUCAUUCAUCAAAGUGCAAUCCGUUUUUUCCUCCAUCGGCCGAAAUGUUUCGCAACCCUCAGCCACACUGCAGUCGUGAUUAUCGGUUUAUGAAGUUUAAUAUGCAACCACCGCAGCAUCCACCUCAUAUGCAUCAUCACCAUCAUCAUCAGCAUCAGCCAGGUGUACCACCAUUAAUGGGACCACCUCAAGGGCAUCACGGAGCUGGACCUUCCCAUCAUAUGCAUCCUCCAAAUCAUGUGAUUCCUCCUCCUGCUGUAAUGCCUCCACAACAUGUUUCUACGGAACAAACGGCGGCAAUGGCGCCGAAAUGCAAUUGCCCAGUACACAAGGACGAACGACAAGAAAUUCCCCAAGCACAGCCACCUCCACCACCUGGCGUUUCUGGUAUGGGGCCGCCAGUUCCAGGACCGUCCACAUCGUCAGCUGUUCUACCAAAUGCACCACCACCACCACCUCCUCCUCUAGCGCCAUAUCAUCCACAAGACGUACUAACAAAAUCGCAAAUUCCCUGUACUCAACAUGACAAAUCUCAAUGUUGUAUCAAAAAUAUGUGCUGCAAAAUGGCAGCUCAAGCCAAAGCCCUCGAAAAACAAUUCAAUGCCCAGGCUCCUGGUCCGUCGUCGUCUUCUCCAUUCAUCCCUCCAGCUGCACCAUCAACGCCGUGUAAUUGCGGUAUGCAUUCUAAUUCUAUCAGUAUGUAUAAAGCUUUAUACAACGGUCCACCGUCGCAUAUGAUCGGUCCAUCAUCUAUGUCGGGACCGAGUUCAUCGCGUAGUAUGCCAAAGCCCUACGAACGACCAUCGGCACCAUAUCUUGAAUGUGAAAUGGGCGGACCCAGCUCAUCAAAAUCUGCAUCCAAAAUGCCACCAUCGCCUGCGAUUUUAUGUAACAGAGAUCCUUCUGGUAAUUCUUCCUCUUCUGCGUCUACUACGACAUCAUCAGGUAUUCCUCCUGGAACUUCAGCUAAAAUCCAUGAGCCCGAUUGUGCUUUAACCAAAGCUGCAAACAAGCAAAAUGCUGAUUUGUGUAGCGCUGGCGGCAGCUCGUCGAAAUCGAAAAACAAUUCUGUCAACUACGGGGCUUCGCCUUCGAAAGUUGCGUCCAUAUUUGAUUCUAUUAAAAUAAACCGCAAAACGAACUGUUUAUCAAAAUGCAUUGACUGUAGUAUUGGUUGUGAAGUAGAGUUCCCUCUCGAUGCAAUAGCUUGUAUUUUCGAUUGCCUAACCGAAACUUGCAUUAUGCCAGAGGCAAUGGUAAACGAAAUUAGUCGCAUGGCAUAUGAAAUUGGAGCCAAUGGCAAUGGCCAGGGUGCCAACACAGCACCCGAAGACGUCAAUAUAAUUCCGCCCAAAUAUCGACACAUUCCAGUACCAGGAACUAGCGACAGGUAUGAAACGUAUCUAACGUUAGCCUUUGAAGCGGCCAUUUUAGCAUUGAGUAAACAGAGAAUUAUGCCACACGGUUUAUAUGCACAGCACGUAAUAUGUAAGCAACAGGAUCAGUUAAUAUCUCGGUUACGAAACAUUGACCUAGAUCAGAUGCUGAUUGACGUUCUCAAGCGACUUAGCAUUCAACUGCUAGAUGGGGGUCCGACCAGUGGUCUGGGUGAAAUGAUUCAUCCGGAAUCGGUUCCGAUGCACACGCUUGCGCGGUUUUUGUUUGCUUCACUUCUCAACCAAUACCCAGAUCUAGCUUUCAACAUCGGACUUCGAGCGAUGAGAUUCCCCAUACUGGAAAAUAUUAGCGAGGGCUCCGUGAAUGGAAUUGAAAUGCAGCACAACAAUUUUAUGCACUCGCCGUACCCUCGUUGGUGGACUUUGGGCCAUCUGGAGACGCAACAGUGCUCACUGAGUUCUACUAUGCUCAGUGCCGCCAAAGGCGAUACGAAACGUUUGUCAGCAGUACUCGAGAACGCUCGUCGAAAUAUACACAGUUCGUCGCAUUUAUUCAAACUCGCACAAGAUGCUUUCCGUUUUGCUACUCCGGAAAACGGCCCUCGAAGUCAAACCUUAUUAGGUGUUGCUUUUGAACUGGGAUUGCAGGUUAUGCGAAUGACACUAACGUGUUUAAACUGGCGUCGACGAGAAAUGGUUCGAUGGUUGGUCACUUGUGCUUCUCACGUCGGAUUGGAAGCACUGAUGUCUAUUAUGCAAAACUGGUAUCAUCUUUUCACGCCAACAGAAGCAACAGGACCAGUGGCAACCACUAUAAUGUCACAUUCCACUAUAAUGCGUCUGAACUUGAGCUUUAGGCAGCAGGAUGAACUGUCUAAUUGUGCCCGUACAUUGGCCUUGCAGUGCGCUACAAAAGAUCCGCCAAACUGUGCACUUAAUGCUUUAACUUUAUGCGAGAAUGAUGCCAUGGCAUUCGAAACAGCCUAUCACAUUGUCAUUGACGCUGCAACACAUAUAAUGACGUCCAGUCAGCUGUUUACAAUUGCAAGAUACAUGGAACAUAGAGGCUAUCCAUCGCGGGCAUAUAAUUUAGCGAUGUUGGCAAUGAAGAAUGUACAGUUGGCUUACAACCAGGACACUCACCCUGCAAUAAAUGAUAUCCAUUGGGCUUGUGCUUUAUCCCAUUCACUCGGAAAGGCAGAAUUGUCGAAGAUGAUUCCACUUGUGAUAAAAAAUGUACAAUGUGCUACCGUUUUAUCAGAUAUAUUACGUCGCUGCAGUGUCCCAACACCAGGAAUGCACAAUUUCAACGCACAUGGUAGGGGUAAUAAUAUGCGACAAUGUAUGAAAUUGAGCUAUGAUCGUGAGCCUUUAAAUCAGCUUCUUGAAGCUGCGGUAUCGGCCUAUGUAAAUACUACUCAUUCAAGAUUAUCGCACAUUUCUCCAAGACAUUACAGUGAUUUUAUAGACUUCCUUAGCAAAGCAAGGGAUACAUUCAUGCUUGCAAGAGACGGCCCAGCCCACUUCUCACGACUCAUCGAAAAUAUAACUAUCGCUUACAAAGGUAAGAAAAAGCUAGUGCGACAAGUAAGGCAGCGCUUUCAGUUUGUUUAGAAAGCUAAAAUUAAAUGAUUGUAUAUAUUAUUCAAAGAGGAAAUAACAAAACAUAAGACCCUUCUCACUAACCUCUAUACAAGUAUAGAUAGAAUAAUCAAUUGGACUAUUAUUGAUUUUCAGUCCAUGAACAUUGUAUAUUUCACUUGCGUUUCGUUUUUGCGAAUACUGACUUCGAUUAUGCGUGACGAUAAAAAAACAGUAUUAUGUAUUCACAUUGAAAAAGUUCUUCCAUCUUUGUUUAGAUACGUUUGUGUUAUGGUUAUUUGUUUUUGCAGAGGCCUAUUUUUGUGUCAAAAAUAAUUUUAUUCGUUUGGAAACUCGUUUGUUAUUUGAUUUAUUGUUUGCAUUGUUUGCAAAAGAUGUUAAAUAGUAUUUGGUCAUGUAGCAAAAAUCGAAAUCGCAAAACCUAAUUUGAAAUGACAUAUUUGAAAUAUUAUUACUUGUUAGUAUAUAACAUAUGCUAGUGAUGUGUAGUAUAUAUAUAUAGUUGUAUAAAUCUUGGUCAUGACUUCCAUUAUACAAAUCUAAACAAGUUGGGUAGUGCGGCAUCAAUUAAUAAACAGAACAUAUUACAAUGAAAAGUGUGAAAAAUACUAAAAGUUACAAUUGCAAAUAAACUGAGGUCUUUGUGCAAGAUACAAGCUAAAAAAUUUGUACGAAAAGGCUAAUCACUAAAAUUUGUCUUGGUUGCAAAUAAUUACUCGUGCUGAAAAAUAUGUAGCUCUAAUAUAGCCACACAUAUUGUACAAAUUCAAUAGAGAUAAUAACACAGCUGCCCAUGUCAGUCAGUGUAAUUAUAAUUAAAAAAAAGUAGAACUGAUAAAUAAUCCUAGUAGAUAGAAUACAUAGCCGCAUAUGUUUAGUAAAUUAUCACCAAAUUAAUUAAUCUCGGUAAUUUCAUCAGUAGCGACUGGUAAUAGAUAAACUGAUAUAUUUAAUAAGCAUUUGUUUUAAAGUUUUCAAUAAACUUUGUGCCACCACAUCUGUGCCGAACAAUUGACUUAGAUUUCAGUUUGUAUAAAAGACAGCGUAAUCUUUAGUCUGGUUUCAUUAAUUUAGUUGAAAUACCUCACUAUUUAAAUUGAUUAUUAGAUAAAUUUACAAAUUAAACGUUUAGUUCUACUUGCAUAUUUGUUUACGCCAGACCAGUUUGAACACUAUUUGAUAGUUCAUGAGUGGGAACAUAUAUCAAUAUCAGCAAAAGAAGAGAAAAUAACUUAAAUACCUACGGGCAGAGCUCCAAUCCUAUAUACUAGAAUAAUGAAAUGAAACAAAAAAAUGUAACUAAAACAAGAACAGCAAACAUCCAGUAUAUUGCAUUAUAAACCAAUAUGAAAUAGGAAUAUUUACUGCCAAAAUGCUAAUCAAAGAAAAUCGAUAGUCGGUUAUUAUAAACGCAAACAAAUACCAUGCAUUAUAUCAGAUAAAUGCUUGUAUGGCAAAUGAACUGAAUAUAACCACAUUUUAGAAGCCACUAUUACUACACUAAUUGUUUUGACGUUUUAUUGUUCAUUUUGAAAUCAACAAAACAAGUCUAAAUUUAAUUUACGUGUACAUGCACUACAUUUUUUUCAAGAUCUAAUAUACAACAGAGCUUUACAUUAAUUCGUAUUAAAGGUCAAUAUAAUUGGGUUUUCCAAUCUAUCAAAAGCCAUCUAAAACUCCCGAUUUCAGUACAGCGUUACACUAAGCAAGUAACUAGUUAUGUAUUUUAUGUUUCGAUGUAAGUUUAACUCAGGUAUAGUAAAGUUUAAUUAAAAGAAAAGUAAGAAAACGUCAAUGAAUAAUUUACAUAAUAAUGCAAAAAUAGAA